UAUCGCUGUCGCAAUGAAUGUGCAGCAACAAUGACAUUUACAAAAGCGAAAUUAUUUUUUUUCGUACAAAUUUAAAAUUGCAAUAUCAUAUCAUACGUGUAUCGCAUACUUACGUAGAUUCCUUUUUCCAGAUCGGCAUGGUGGAACAAUAUGGAUAUCCCGCUGAAGAGCACAGCGUUAUUACGGAAGAUGGUUAUCAUUUGCAAAUACACAGGAUACCUGGGAGUCCAUUGUGGAAAGAUAAAAAGAAGAAGAACGUUGUGUUUAUACAACAUGGUAUCUUAUCUUCGUCCGAGAGCUGGGUGAUGUUCGGUCCCGGCAAAGACUUACCAUUCUUAUUGGCUGAUCAAGGAUACGAUGUGUGGCUGGGGAAUAUUAGAGGAAACAGCUAUUGCAGGUUGCACUUAAACAUGACGAUUUAUGACCGCAAAUUUUGGCAAUUUAGCUUUCAUGAGGUAGCAUUGAUGGAUCUGCCAGUUAUGUUCGAUUAUGUCCUUAAUUACACUGGGCAAGAAAAAAUGCACUACGUCUCUCAUUCGAUGGGAUCGACAAUUUUAUUCGUUCUCUUAUCAAUGAAACCGGAAUAUAACGCGAAGAUACAAUUAAGUGUUUCCCUUGGCCCAAGUGCCUUCUGGAAGAAAGUAAUGCCUACAUUCAGGCAAAUUGUCAAUACAGCGCCAGUAUUGACGGCAUUUUUCGCUAAACAUAACAUAUACGAUUUUCUUCCGCAAUCUGCGACAAUGGUUGGAAUAGGACGAAAUUUCUGUUGCGACGGAGCAAUUACUCAACCUAUUUGCAUUGCUAUAUACUUUAUAAUCGCAGGUGCUGAUCCGCUGCAGAUUAACACUGUAAGUUACGUGUUUGCAAAAGUUCAUAUAAUAUUAGAACUAUUUUCUUUAUUAAUAACAAUAAGGUGUCACGAUAUUUUGAUCAUAGUAUUAAUCGUUGUUAUAAACAAUCUUUUGCCACUUUUCGGGCAAUAGUGUGAUCUCGCGC